AUCCAGUUACCAGUCUCUCCUCAGCUAUUGGAUGAGUGUUCCUAAUCAUGCAAGGUAGUGAAUCCCUGGGGGGGUGGGACUGGGUCUGAAAGAACUCCUUUGGCAGGCAGAAUAGAGGUUUUAUUGAGGAUAUUUCUAAACUAACCAUCAGGGACUAAGUCACUGGAUUGUAAAAAAAAAAAAAAAAUAGAGCCGAAUCACUCUGCUCCCUCUCCUUUUUUCUCUCUCUCACUCUGUUCAUUUCAGUGAGCGGCACGGAGCACAGCAGCUCUUGAGCACCCAGCAGCACACAGAAUGCAAGGAAUCUACCCCCUUGUUAUAGACCAACAGCCCAAGUACCAGGGUUGAGAGAAGAUUUGAGAGAAAACAAAGGGUGGAAUUAGAACCCAAAAGAGGAAAAUUACAGAAACGGAGAAGAAAGACGAGGAGGAUCACUGGUUGAGCAUUUGACACUGGGGUUUAGAGUUGUCUUGUUGCCCUCUCUGAGUGUCCUGGAUCUUAGUCCUCUCCUCUCCAUCCCUGUGCAGACAAGGUCAUGCGGUGGCUGAGGAGACUGGUGCUCUCCAUGUGCAUGUUUCUCAAUUUGCUUCAUGGCGUGGAGCUGGCUGUACCCCUGGAGGAGUUCUACCCAUUUGGCCUGGAUGAGGGUGACUCCCAGACCAUUGAGCAAGACGAUGGAGGAUCAGGACUGGUAGCAAUCUCUGUGGCUUUCCCUUUCUUCGGAGAACAGCACAAUGGACUCUAUGUCAACAACAAUGGCCUGGUGUCUUUCCUGAGGGAGGUGUCCCAGUUCACCCCUGUGGCAUUCCCCAUUGCUGGAGACCGCAGGGUGGUGGCUCCGUUCUGGGCAGAUGUAGACAACCGACGGGCAGGAAAAGUUUUUUAUAGAGAGAGCAAAGAUCCUGCCAUCCUGAAAAGAGCCACUGCAGACAUUAAUCGUUACUUUCCUGAGUUCCCUGUGUUUGUCACUACAUGGGUGCUGAUUGCUACCUGGCAUCAAGUCACAUUUUUUGGUGGCAGCUCAAUAACUCCGGUCAAUACAUUUCAGGUAGUUCUCAUCACAGAUGGUGAGCUUUCCUUCACCAUCUUCCAGUACCAGAAUAUUUCUUGGACAACAGGGAUGCAUGCUACCAGCGGUGGUGACCUAGCAGGCUUGGGAGGAAUAGCUGCACAGGCAGGCUUUAAUGCUGGCGAUGGAAGACGCUAUUUCAAUAUCCCUGGCUCCCGGACAGAUGAUAUUGUUGAAGUUGAAACCACCACAAAUGUGGGCUAUCCUGGUCGUUGGGUCUUUCGUAUUGAUGAUUCUCAGGUACAAGUGGGCAGCUGCAAUGACUCAGCUUCGGUCUGUGCUAACUUAAGGCCUUGUCAAAAUGGUGGCCGCUGCAUUGACGACUGCAUCACUGGAAAUCCCUCUUUCACUUGCUCGUGUUUGGCUGGCUUCACUGGACGCAGGUGCCAGAUAGAGGUUGAUGAGUGCUCUGCAUACCCCUGUCAGAAUGGAGGCACAUGUGUGGACAAGAUUAACCACUUCAUCUGCCUAUGUCCAGUGGGAUUCAUAGGGACAACAUGUGAGACAGACAUAGAUGAGUGCCAAGAGACCCCAUGCCUCAAUGGAGCACAGUGCAUACAGGGUGUCGGCAACUUCACCUGUGUAUGCCAAGCAGGUUACACUGGGUUCCUAUGUGAGUCAGAUAUCAAUGAAUGUGCAUCCAUGCCAUGUUUGAAUGGAGGUGUGUGUGAAGACCUGGUGAAUAACUACACCUGCACCUGUACAACAAACUUCACUGGAAGCCACUGUGAGACAGAGUUAGUUGUCAUGGGAAAUUCCUCUACCACUGAUGCUGCAAAUCAGACAGUUUCCUGCGAUGGGGAAGAUUGUGAAAAGCGUCAAAUCUGCGAGUAUAUUGGCUCUGAAAACUACAACUGCACCUGCACCCCAGGUUACUAUGGUGACGACUGUGAAGAGGAGUGUCCCUGUCAGAACGGAGGGGUUUGUGUUGAUGUGAAUGGCACUUGUGAAUGUCCAACAGGCUUCACUGGACUCUAUUGUCAGUUUGAGGUAACACAAACACCCUGUAGUAACAACCGACCGUGUCCAGAUGGAGGUCCAUGCUUAGAGUAUGGUGGCACAUACCUCUGCACCUGCCAGACUGGUAUUGACUUUGAUCACAAGGACUUCUACCCAUAUGUACAGCCCCGAUCAGCCUGUGAUUCCUCACCGUGUCAGAAUGGAGGCUAUUGCUAUGAGAGAGAUGGAGACUAUAUCUGUGAGUGCAAGCAUGGCUACAGAGGCAAGCAUUGCGAAAGAGUCAGAUUAAGUAUCUGUGCCUCUAGUCCCUGUCGUAAUGGAGGCUCUUGUAAAGAAGAAGCUGACAGCUACCGAUGUGUCUGUCCCUACCGUUUCACAGGGAAACACUGUGAAGUGGGAAAGCCAGAUCCUUGUGCUUCCAGUCCCUGCCUGAAUGGCGGAACAUGUUUCCACUACAUUGGUAAAUACAAAUGUGAGUGCUCCGCAUCCUUCGUAGGAAGACACUGCGAGAUCAACAGAGGAUCCAGUCCGACUUUGGAGGGUCUGGACUGUGGACCCCCUGUGAAAGUCAAGCACGCAGAGGUGCAGCAUUCCUCCACUACCCCAGGCUCGACGGCUCUUUAUUCAUGCCACCCAGGCUACACUCCCCUUCCCCGGGCCACCCAGAGCAUCUGCAGCAGCCAGGGGUCCUGGAGCCAGCCACCAGUCUGUGAAGAGAUAAACGAGUGUUUGUCUCAGCCGUGUAUGAAUGGGGGAACCUGUCGUGACAGGGUAGCCUCCUUCCUGUGUGAAUGUGAAGAUGGUUUUAGUGGCCAGCGCUGUCAAACAGAUAUUGAUGAAUGCCUUUCCGAGCCAUGUAAGCACGGAGGUACAUGUGAGGAUCAGCCUGGUUCUUACUUCUGUCACUGCCAGCAGGGCUAUGCCGGGCAGGACUGUGAGAUAGAACAGGAUGGAUGCGAGCCAAAUCCAUGCUUGAAUGGAGGUGUAUGCCGAGGCUACAGGAGAAACCACCUGUGUGUGUGUAAAGAGGGUUAUGUUGGAGACCGCUGCCAGACAUUGGAGAACCCGUGUGUUCUGCAGCCGUGCGGGAACCGAGGCGUCUGUUGGAGUGAAAGAAGGGGGAACUACAGCUGCGCCUGCAGGGUGGGCCACACAGGGAGAGAUUGUGAGAGAGACCUGUUGCCUCCAUCUGGCCUGCAUGUGUUGCGAGUAGAAGAAAAUGAAGUCGAGUUACGCUGGGAUCAGUCAGAUGCCACUCAGAAUUUAAUCAGCGGAUUUGCUGUUGCCUUUGCUCCUAUUGGUCGUGGACCAAGGAAGACAGACUUCCUGGAGAAGCAGCAUUCUACCUAUGUACUACAGGGCCUGAAGCCCGGACAGCUUUACAACAUCUCCACAUUCUCCGUCAAACGCAACACCAACAGCAACGACAUAAGUCAGCCAGCUUUCGCUCUCAUCCGCACUAGGCCACGUAAGGUGGAACAGCUGGAGGUAGUGGAUGUGUCGUCCUCUCAGGUAUGGCUGCGGUGGCUGGUUCAUGUUGGCCGCCAGGCAGCGAUCAGUCAGUUUCGGGUGUCUCUGGUGCCUGCAGAUGGUAGCGGACCUCGCACAGCCGUGCUCAAUAGCAGCGUCACAGAGUACUCCUUCAGCACAUUGCUCCCAGGUCAGAUGUACACAGUAGAUGUAGUUACACAGAGUGGUCUGCACCCUGAAGACCUGCCAUCAACUAGCAAAUCUGCUGGGCCACUGCACUUCUGGACCAGACCACUUCCACCUCAGAACCUUUCACUCUCCCAUAUCACCACCACAUCUGCUCGAAUCACAUGGGACCAUCAUCCUCGGAAUCUUCCAGAUGGUUUUGUGGUCAAUAUAACUCACGGCCUGAGCACCCGUAGCCGCUACCUAACUGAUGGACGUUUAGGGACUUAUACACUACGAGACCUGACUCCAGGACAACAUUACCGACUAGCCCUCACUGCUGUGCGCAAAACAGGCCAGGACAGCAUUCAGAGCGUCCCUCAACAUCUAGCCUUCACUACACUUCCAGUUGCAAAGGGCCAAAGCCGAGGUGACAGACCUAAGGGAGGACAGGACUCCCAGAGAGGACAGACCUUGACACAAGUUCAGGAUGGAGGCACAGAUGAACACACAGAACUCCUUGAAGAGCCACAAAGAUAUACAGAGCUAAUUGACGGAAGAGGGAGAAUUACAGCUAAAUUUACCAACCUUCCACAAAAAACCAUCAGACACCGCACAAGGCCUGAACCACCAAUCAAAUUAGAAAAGAUGGAAGAAACCACCAAUAAGAUAAGUCUAGCUCUGGAAAUUCCUGAAGAAGGGACAAAGAGUAAAUCUGAGUCAUCCCAAGACUGCAGAACUCAGCCCUGCCAGAAUGGUGGAGCAUGUGCGCAGAUCAACGAGUCGUUCAGCUGCAACUGUGCCGCUGGUUUCAAGGGCAGACGGUGUGAGCUAUAUUGUCAGCGAGUAUCUCACCCAUGUACUCGCCUUUACUCCGAAACAAAGAGUGUGCCUGUGUGGGAGGAUGGUGUCUGCCAUUAUUUGUACAAAAGGACAUACAAAGUUCAGCAGGAUGUCUGUUUUAGAGAGAUCUGUGAGCCUUUGCUGCCUAAGAAAGGACAGCCUAAGACUCCAAACAGAAGAACUCAAAAACAACAACAAUAGUGGAGGCUGAACCAAUGACAACUUUGGGGAGUAGCUGCUUCUCUCAGUCUUAGUUUAAAUCAGGAUACAUAACCGUCAUUGUUCACCCUUUCUUCCAUCACUGCUCACAUUCAUUGGCUGCGUUGUCCUAUGGACGCUUAUUUGUUCAUUUACAGCUCCAGGGCCAUAUUCAUGAAAAUUCUUAGUGCAGAGAGUAGCUCUCAGUGAAAAGUGAGAAGUUUCCCCUUAAUAUUAAAGAGAAGAUCCUAGUAAAGAUAAAACUUAUUCACAAAGCAUUUUAAAAGAGCUCUUACAGUCAAAAAGUGUUAGGAGUAGUGAGGAGGACUCUUAAAAGUUUCUUUAGUGUUGGAGACAAUGAAUGACAGUGACUUAAUAUACUAAAUUAGAUCAUGUUUGUGACCCAUCUUAUUUAGAGACAUGACAACUAUAUAUACAUUGCUUAAGAAAUUUAUAAGACCAUCACCCACUGUGUGGUUUGCACCACAGCUGCCCUAAACUAAAAGUAUUGAUGAUUGCGGAAAUGAUUUUUUAUGUUUCUGUAAUGAUUAAUCUGCCAGUAUGUGUAAGCGCUUUAGUCACAGUAGUAUUUCUAAUGCUAAAAUAGAAUUAUUGUUGGGAUUUAAUGAAUUCGAAGAUAGAUCACACAAAGGUUUCUUGAAAAGCAAGUCUUUGUGGAAAAACUAGAAACUAUUUGGAAGUCAGUAACAACAGAGACCGUGGAAACAUAUGUAAAACCAAUGGCAGCAAGAAUGAAGGCUGUUUUCAAGGUGAAAGGAGCCCAUAUCAAAUAAAAAUAAAAUAUGUUUUUUUGUUAUGUGUGAAUACUAGAGUAAUACAAGACUGUUUAGUUGUUUCAGUUUAUUUGCCCAAGUUAGUUUUGAAAAUGUUUUUGACAGAUUCCAAAAUUAUAUUUGUUUUCUCAAUUUAUUAUAACAGGAGGUCUAAUAAAUUGUGUGUGCAUGUAUAUUUAUAUAACUGUAAUUUCAAAGUGAAGGCUUAUAAUAGACCCUAUUAAAGUGUUCUUUUUUCUUCUUCUUGGACAGCCAAUCACAGUCUUCAGAAGAAUGUGUCAUACCUAGCCAUGGGGUCAGUCCCACCUCCUCACUAAGACGAAAGUCUUUGUCUAUUUUUUCACUCAGAAUUGCUCUCAGACUGGUCCUGAAUUCCUCUUAAGCUACAAUUCUUAGUUGGAAAUUUUUCAAGAUGAAUUGGGAGCUUUCUGAGAGGAUUCUUAGAAGAAUGCGGGCUGAGAUCUGUAGAUGACCUUGACCAUAUGAUUUUGGAAUUAUCUGCAUCAAAUAGCAUACCUCAAAUGUAAAUAUUACGUGAUAUUGACAUGCAGUGGCCGUCAAGUCCCUCAGGGAAUUUUUUUUUCUUCUCUGUUGCCUGAAUUGCCUGUUCAGUCUCCAAAACCUACAAGUAUUUUCAUUCAACAAUUCAUUCAAGCCUGGUUCUCUCCUACAGCAAGUUCAUACAAUAAUAAUAAUAAAUGUCAUACCAUUGUUUCUGUUUGCAUAAAGGAAAACUUUCUGCCAGCUACCAUGUAAAUAGUGUUUAUAGUCGGUUUUUUUGUUGUUGUUGUUGAAUAUUUUAAUAA